UUCAAUUGGUUAAAAAUAUGGAUCCUGAAACAGAGGGACUACAGAUUAUCAAAGUGACACCUCUUCAACAAAUGCUUGCCUCCUGUACUGGAGCUAUACUGACGUCACUAAUGGUGACACCUCUGGAUGUUGUUAAAAUUCGACUCCAAGCCCAAAACAACCCAUUCCCCAAAGGAAAAUGUUUUGUAUAUAGUAAUGGACUCAUGGAUCAUCUAUGUGUCUGUGAAGAGGAAGCCAACAAAGUAUGGUAUAAGAAGCCAGGAAAUUUCCAAGGAACAUUGGAUGCCUUUUUAAAAAUUGUUCGAAAUGAGGGCAUUAAAUCCCUAUGGAGUGGUCUUCCUCCUACCCUAGUGAUGGCAGUUCCUGCCACAGUUAUUUAUUUUACUUGCUAUGAUCAAUUAACUGCUCUUCUGAGAUCUAAAUUAGGAGAAAAUGAAACCCGCAUACCAAUUGUUGCUGGAAUUGUAGCCAGAAUUGGUGCAGUUACUGUGAUAAGUCCAUUAGAAUUGAUUAGAACCAAGAUGCAGUCUAAGAAAUUUUCUUACAAGGAACUGCAUCAAUUCGUCAGCAAGAAAGUGUCUGAAGAUGGUUGGAUUUCCCUUUGGAGGGGCUGGGCUCCUACUGUUCUAAGAGAUGUACCUUUCUCAGCAAUGUACUGGUAUAACUAUGAAAUUUUAAAGAAGUGGUUUUGUGAGAAAUCUGGCUUAUAUGAACCGACAUUUAUGAUCAACUUUACUUCAGGGGCAUUGUCUGGUUCUUUUGCAGCCAUUGUAACUUUACCAUUUGAUGUAGUAAAAACACAAAAGCAGACACAACUUUGGACCUAUGCAAGUCAUAAAAUUUCUAUGCCUUUGCAUAUGUCAACUUGGGUUAUAAUGAAGAACAUUGUAGCUAAAAAUGGAUAUUCUGGAUUAUUUACAGGCCUAAUUCCUCGUGUAAUUAAAAUUGCUCCUGCUUGUGCCAUUAUGAUCAGUACAUAUGAAUUUGGAAAGGCUUUUUUCCAGAAACAAAAUGUUCGAAGGCAGCAAAACUAGUAAUGCUGUUUCAUCUUGAAAUAACAACUACAGCCAAAUAAGGUGGAGACAGUUAGGCAAGAACUUUGUUCACCAUUAUUUUCUUACAAUGAUUUUAUGUCUUUCUUUCCUAUAAUUUAAAUAAAUAAUUUCUACUCUACCUCUAAA